CACAACGAUACGCACUACACCUAAUAUAGAAAUACAUGAGACGCCAGGCAGUAGUACAUUCUCUAUGCCACAGGGAAGGACUGAAGGAAUCAUGUCUAGUCUCAGAUUAAGCUCAAGCUUUAAACAAGUGUUGGGUAGUCACAAUGAUAAUGGAAGCGAUCAGAACCGAGAAACUGUUUUGGAAGGAGAGAAUUUAAUAGCGAGUCUGGAUAAUGUUGGACCUGGGGAAGUUAACUGUGGUGGUGAGCUUGAAACUGAAAUGGAAGAUCAACCCAACCCUCCUAAAUUGGAUGAAGGAGAUAGUCUAGCUUGGAUUGCUCAAAGCAAUAGAUCUACAAACUCGGUUCACACAUCUCAAGGUGAAAAAACUGGGAUGGAAAAUCAGUUAGAAAGACAGAAGCACAUGGCAAAUCCAAGAAGUUCAAUACCGAGUUGGACAGAGGAACAGCUGGAUGAGCUUUUAGCGUUUGAUUGAGAUAACAAUUUCUUUUAGUCAAAGCAAAGUAUACAGGACAAGAUGAUGCCGAUGUGUACCUAGUUUUCAUGUAUCUUAGUGGUGUAAUUUUUAGCAUUUUGAAGCUACACGGGUUUAGUAAAUAUUUUAGAUAUAAUCAUAGAUCCUUUCAGAUAGAUGCUCAGGCAGGAUUGGGUUGCUAGCUUUGUUCAACAGAGGGCCUUGGGAAUGCACCCAGUUAUGGUUCCAGAAACUGAUGGGGCCCCAUCACCAAUCAUCCAUCUCAAAUUCUUCAAAACAUCUUCCCAAGAUUUACAAAUACCCCUCCAGAGAUUUGAACAUGGCCUAUUAGGAUUAAUGUGAGGGAGAAUACCGUUCCCACAAUUGUAUUCGGAUUUAAUCAUUUGGACCCAUAGAGCUUCAUUGUUUGAACAUACGCGGGGCUUAAGAGCGUAGACCCAAACCCUCAUGGAAUGACAUACGCGGGGCUUAAGAUUAUGAUUCCAGUCCCCCGUAGACGCCCAACUCUCAUUGACAAACAUGGAGAAAUCUGAAUGGGUUAUACAAGAAGCUAGAAAAAGAAAAUGCCUUCUUUGCGUGGAUGAUGUGUGUUGGAUAUUGAAAUUCAACAACAGCUUCUUGAAAGCAUAUCCUCCAUUCCCAAUAUACAUAUCCCUACUAGAGGCUGACCGACUCAACCAAUUGCAAAGUUAGAAUAUAGAAGUCAGAAUCCACCUAAAUAAUUCAUAAUGUGAUUAUAGUCUAAACAUAUUCCCACCAUUCAUGGUAGAAGUAAGCGCUGUUUGAACUCACAAUAUCGUAUCACUAAAUUUUCCAAUAGGUAUGUACUAACAACCUUUCAAACCUAGGGUCAUAUCACAUGCGUCAUGUCUUCCAAUUUUGAUUCUUUCCUAUAAUAUUCUCUCUC